AUGUUCGGCGGCAGCUCAAGUCCGGCGGCCUCGAAGGAAACCAAAGACAUCGAUGGUCAAGUCGACGGCAGUGGCAAGGCCCCCUCGCCCGACGCUGGCCCGGUCAAGGUUGCCGAUCAAGCCGCCAGCGGCGAUAAGAGGAGCGGCAAUGGCAGCCCACCUGGCAGACAAGACACUGGCGGGUCGGCGGACAAGAAGCGUCGUGCCAGCGGCGUCCAAAGCAAGGCUAGUAGUCUUCUGGCAUCGGCCAAGCAGACUCUGAACUUUGGCAGCAGUCAUUCUGACGCUCCCACUCAGAACGCCGCUCCAGCCCUCGACACCAAGAUCAGCGAGCUCAAGGUGGAUGACAAGCCCGCGCAUCACGAGGUGGUCGAGACGGAUAAUGGCUACUUUGCCAUUUUUGAUGGUCAUGCCGGCACCUUUGCAGCUGAUUGGUGCGGCAAGAAACUCCACAUCCUUCUGGAGGACAUUAUCCGGAGAAAUCCAAACAUGCCCAUCCCCGAACUCCUCGACCAGACCUUCACGACAGUCGACGCACAGCUUGAAAAGCUGCCGCUUAAGAACAGCGGGUGCACGGCUGCCGUUGCAGUCCUGCGCUGGGAGGAUCGGGUCCCGAGUGAGCGGUCUGCCACUGGAUCUCAGGCCAUUGCUCCCGCCACGGUCGCUGCGAGCAAGGCCAAGAGUUCCGAGGACGCGGCCACCGACAACAAGACGGACGCUGCAGCCGAGGCGACACACGCCAAGCUCAAGGGUGCCGCUUUCCGCCAGCGCGUCCUGUACACGGCUAACGUGGGUGAUGCUCGCAUCAUUCUCUGCCGAUCCGGCAAGGCGCUGCGCCUUUCGUACGAUCACAAGGGCAGUGAUGACAACGAGGGCGUUCGCAUCUCCAAGGCCGGCGGCCUGAUUCUCAACAACAGAGUCAACGGCGUCCUGGCUGUGACGAGAGCGCUCGGCGAUACCUAUAUGAAAGAUCUCGUAACCGGCCAUCCGUACACGACGGAGACGGUCAUUCACCCAGAGAGUGAUGAGUUUAUUAUUAUCGCCUGCGACGGCCUCUGGGACGUCUGCUCCGACCAAGAGGCGGUGGACCUCGUCCGCAGCGUGGAGGAUGCCAGCACGGCAGCAAAGAACCUCGUAGACCACGCCCUCAACAGAUUCAGCACGGACAACCUGUCUUGUAUGGUGGUGCGGUUUGACAAGGCGGCGCUCCUUGAGAGCCAGAACGACAAGGACAAUGCCAUCGGCGUUGAGCUCGCGACCCGCAGCGGCAAGUCCAGCGAGGCUGACAAGAUUGUGCGGGACACGAAGCAAAAGAUUCUCGACGGCGACGUGCCUGCCGUUGGCGUUUCGGCCAGCAACAGCGGACGCGGACAGGAUCCUGGCUCGGCACCGGAUGACUUCAAACCCACGACACUCGACGGAACGGUGGAGGAGGAGCCAGGUCCUGCUGACGCUGCUGGCCCGGAGGAGACCUCUCCCGAGGUGAGCACGUCGGCAGAGAAUGCACCAAACACCGCAAACGCGGUCAAGGAGGAAUUCAAGGGUAGCACGUAG